AUGGCCAACGCGCAAAACAACAAGUCGACAGCCUUUAUACACUGGACUUCAGCUCAUAAUUACACGACAAAGCUCAAUUAUGAUGGUAGAGGAAUGGAACUGAGCGAUUUGAAAUACUAUAAUGGUAAACUUUUGGCUGUAGAUGACAAGACUGGAGUUAUUUUCAGGCUGGACGGAAAGAAGGCAAUCCCGUGGGCCAUUCUUUCACAAGGAGAUAGCACUGUAGAAGGAUUUUUCAAAGGAGAAUGGUUUACUGUGAAGGAUGGCAAUUUAUAUUGUGGCAGCAAUGGAAAAGAAUGGACUACACCGACCGGAGAAUACGUGAAUGAUAAUCCCAUGUACGUAAAGAGGAUCUCCCCUGAAGGAGGCGUUGAAGUCGAAGACUGGGUUCAACGUUACAUAACAUUAAGAGCAGCAAUAGACAUUCAUUUCCCAGGAUACAUAAUCCACGAAGCAGUCCAGUGGUCUGAUCUACAUAAAGUGAACAACGAAGGAUCAUUGUGUACAAUUUCGAUGAAAUUUUGUAAAUGGUUCUUCCUUCCGCGACACCUUUCAAAAUAUGCUUAUAAUGAUGAAACUGCACAGAAAAUGGGUACUUUACAUUUUCUAGUUGCGCUAUUAGUUUUGAAAGCUAUGCAUGCUAUGCAUUUGAGAACGAAUGUCCUACUGAUUGCAAGUGAUGAUAUGAAAGAAAUAAAUGCUGUAUCAAUUGGCCAAGAAGUCGCUACCAGGGGAUUCAGUGCUUUUCAGUUUGUUCCUGGUACUGAUGAUAGUAUCAUUGUCGCUUUGAAGACCGAAGAAGUUGACGGGAAACCUCUUUCAUCGUAUAUUAUGGUCUUCUCUAUCACAGGCAAUGUUAUUCUCGACGAGACGAGAAUUCCCGAGAAUUACAAAUAUGAAGGAAUCGAGUUUCUCUACGAAGAAGUUUUGAAAAAUUUGAUAGCCUAA